GAAAGGCGAAGCACUACUCCGCAAGGGUUCUGUGUUAUAAAACAAUGCAAAAUCUUAGAUGUUUUAGCCACAUUUUUAGAGCACAACCUGUUCCUAUAUUACAUUGUUCAGUAGCAUCAAAGCAUAUUGAUUACUCACUUGUGCCUAAAAUAAAUGAAUCAGACUUGACAGAGCAUUUUGUUAGAGGGGGAGGCCCUGGUGGUUCUGCUGUCAAUAAAAAUGCAAACUGUGUAGUUUUAACCCACAAUCCUACAGGAACAGUAAUUAAAUGUCAUAUUAGUAGAUGCCAGGAUGAGAAUAGAAAACUAGCUAGAGAAAUGUUAAUUGCCAAGUUAGAUAAAGUUUUAAAUGGAGAAGACAGUGUUGCCGCUCAAAAAAGAAGAUUGCAAGAAGAAAAACUUAAGAAAAACGAAUAUAAAAGAAAGAAAAUGGCAGAACUUAAGGAGGAAUGGAAGAAACGAGAAGGCUUAGUUUAAUUAUUAUUCAUUUUAGU